AAUUCCCAUAAUAUUUUUAGUGAAAGAAUAGCGAAGUGUUUUAAAAAUGCAUACAUACUCGUAUAGUGUUUCCGUUUCCAGAUAAAUUUUUAAAAACUACGCUGAGCGCGGUAACUCUGCUUCUACUAGAUAAUAAACACAGCUGCUGUCUAUUUCAUUUGUUUUGAUUUUACAUUCUGAAAACAGCUGUUCGUAAUAUUUCGUAAAAAUUGUUUUGCUGCGAAUUUGGUGUUAUUACUAAGGGUGCAUAAAUUUGUAAAAUUUAAAAAACGCAACAAAUAUAGAAAUAUGAAAAAGAGUCAAACAUUUGUACAACGCAAUUUGGUUACUAUUGUGAUGAUCCCCUCCCUUAUUGGUAUGCAUUACGCAUGGAGUGUAAUGCAAAAGAAUCGCACAUUAGUUUCCGUCGAAGAAGAGAUCGAUCUGCCAGUUGUGACGUUUGCAAAAUAUUGCUGGAAGCGGGUGCAAGGUUUAACUGGAGGUGAGCAAAAUGUUGAAGCCGCGACACCCGCUGCUACAACAGCAGUUAAAUAAAAAUAGCAUUUGCUAUACGAUAUAAAAUUUUGUAAAUAUCACGUUUUUUGCUAAUUGAAAUAUGCAUAAAAACGUAUUCGUCUUUCCCGUUUAUGUUUGUAAUGUUUUAGGAGUUACAUGAUCAAGUGUGACGUGCGAAAUAAAAUUUGCUGUUAGUAUCAAUAUACAGUAAAAUACACUUUAUUUAAUAAUAUUCAGCGGAUUCUUGCUUCCAAAUUUAGAUUGGAUUACUUUGAUGUAUUUACACAAUUAAAAAGUAUAAAUAUGUUUUAUGUUUCUAGCUAUACAUAUCCCCACAUUCAAAUAUAAGAAAUAGUUAAUUUUAA